AUGAAAAAGUUUACUUGUUUCCAUGUAGAUAUGCCACUGAAGAGUAUAUUAACUAUAUUUGCCGUUACCGCUGGAUCAUUUUUCGCCUUGGGUGCCUAUUAUCAGCAUCAGGAUGUAAUGCGAAAUAUUAAACGUUUGGAGCAAAGAAAUCCCCAUGCCUAUUUCAUACGUCGCAAGCUUUACGCAUUGUUAAGUCUGUUUAAUGCCAGUCCUGAUAUGGAGGAUCCUGACGAAGACGAUGAGGAGGAGAAACACAAAUUCGGAGGCAUUAUGAAAUAUGGUUUUCCCAGCAUGAACGACAUCACCCUAAAUGAAGAAUUUGAUUUUGUCACCGCAUUCGAUCGACGCAAUUCGGCCAUACAAUGGAUGUGCGAGCGUGUGGAGCAUGAUUUAAGUACUAGGAAUAGUCAAGCAUUGGCCAUGAGUUCAAAUUCAUCACCAGCUCAUUUUACGGGUCAAUCGGAGGCUUCGCGUGUCUUCUUCAUGUCAAAUAUCAAGUCAUUUGUUAGUCGAGGUUUCAAUUUGAGCAUUUGGCAUCGUUUGCUUGUCUAUGUCGAGGAAAUGAGCCAUCGGCAUGGCACUGUUUAUGUGUACACCGGUUCGAUUUAUAUGCCCUGCGAGCUAAAGACCAACGAUUGGUAUUUGCAAUUUCAGCCUGAGGAUAAUACAAUGGUUGCCGUUCCCACGCAUUUCUUUAAAAUCCUUGUGAUUGAUCCGAAACAUGGUGAUAAAUUAACUCCAUAUGCUGAAGCUUAUGUCAUACCCAAUGCACCCAUAAACGAUUCAGUUCAAUUGAAAUCGUUGUUGAGCGAUGUACGUGAUAUUGAAAAUGCAACAGGUUUGAAAUUUUUUGAAGGUCUUGAUCGUCAUUUUAUUGACAAUCAGACGGCAAUGGAAACGAAUCAAAAUUCAGCACAGAUUGUGGAGGUUUAGUAGUAAAUAUAAAAAUUGAAAUUGAAAAUAAAAAUUGUAAUAAA